AUGUCUUAUUAUGGAUCAUUCGUUUAUUUUUUGAGUAUUAUUACAAUAGUAUUACUUUCUAUUUUUAAUUGUGAAUCAACUCCAUUGGAUGAUUAUGUUCGUAGUGUGGAUUCUCAUUUUAAUUGGAGUUUAAUACGUACUUAUGAAGAACCAGAUUACAAAUUAUAUAUUCUUAAUUUUACAUCACAAAAAUGGCUUGAUGAUACAUUUUCAUCACGAUCUAUUUGGUGGCAUUAUCUCUGUAUAACUGUACCAAAUAAGUUAAUACGUCCGAAUACUGCUUUCCUCUUUAUGGAUCAAGGUAGUAACAAUGACGGUAUUCCACAACCACAAAAUGAUUUUGUCGCUUUGACAUCAAUGUUUGGUGUAGGUAGUGGAAGUAUUUCUGUCGAUCUUCAAGAUAUUCCAAAUGGUCCUAUUCGCUUUAUGGCUGAUCCAACAAAUACAAGUCGUAGUGGUGAUGCAGCUAUUGCUUGGACUUGGAAAGCAUUCACUGACAAUUCAUCGAAUGGUGACGUUCUUUUAAAUUUACCGAUGACGAAGGCUGCAUAUCGUGCAAUGGAUGCUGUACAACAAUUUACAGAUAAACAAGGAAUUAUUGUACCGAAAAAAUUUGUUGUUGCAGGCACUUCUAAGCGUGGUGGAGCAACAUGGUUAACAGCCGCUGUCGACAAUGAACGAGUUAUUGGUGCUAUACCUAUUGUUAUGGAUCUAUUAAAAAUACAAUUCAAUUUACAUCAUAUGUAUAGAUCUUUAGUAGGGUGGUCAUUUACGUUUCAAGAUUUCUUUUUAUUGAAUAUCACUCAAUUGAUUGACAAUGAUAAUAUGACAAAAAUAUCUCAAAUUAUUGAUCCAUAUCAUUAUUUUGAUCGAUUUUUAAAAAUAAAAAUUUUACAAAUUCAAGCAACUGAUGCUUUUUGGAAAGAACUUCAAGAUGCAACAGGUGGAACAUAUCUUCGACGAAUACCAAAUGCUGAUCAUGUUUGUGUUGGUCAUAUAAUAAGUUAUUUUCUUACAAUGCGAAGCUUUUAUAUCAGUAUAUACGAUAAUCAACCAUUACCUAAACUUCAAUGGAUAAAAUCAUCGAAUAAUACUCAUGGAUAUAUUCGAGCAACUGUAGAUUUUAGUGUUGGACCUAAACCAAUCAGUGCUUAUGGUUAUCGCGCUCGCACACUGAAUGAUAAACGACGAGAUUUUCGUCUUCUUAUUGGUAAUCCUGCUGAUCCAAAAAAACCAAUGGGAAAUCCUGUAUUUUGGUUUAAUACUGAACUUGUCAAAAAGAUAGAAACAAACACAACAAUCGUUUAUUCAUUGACAAUCGAAAACCCAAAUGAUGGUUGGGAAGGCUUUUUCAUUCAAGUCAAUUUUCCUGGUCCAAAUGGUACUGUUUUGGAAUUAACUACUGAGACACAGAUUAUUCCAGAUAGUUAUCCAACGAAUGACUGUCAUGAUGAACAAUGUGCGGGUUCACUCGUUUAA